AUGGUUUCAUCUUCGGGAAAAAAAAAACAAAACAAAAAAAAAAACAGAAGAAGUACGUUAGGGAAACUAACCAAUUGGCAUCGAGGGGUGUUCCAAGCAGGAAGUACUCGUGCUGCUGUGACAGAAGAAAUCACUGGCAGGGAUGUCAUAAUAAUAUUUUUACUAAUAUUGAAAGGUAAGAGAUAUUUUGAUCGAUAUUAUUACACUUUUUAGAUGAGGUUUAAAAGCUAGCUGCAAGGACUGUAUAUGGUGUCAUUUAUGAAUUCAUAUUAACCACGGUAAGCGUUAAUCUGUGUUCACUCCUUCAAGAACUACAUGUACUGUAUAAUAUUAACAUCUUAACGACUCCAUCUCAAUAAAAGUGCAAACUUUAUCAAUAUCUAUCAAUAAUGAAGUUAUACGAGAGUGUAAAAAAAUUCUUCGAUUCGGCAUUGAUAAAACAGAAGUUGGUGCAUCAGUUUAAUUAAAAUACCAUCUUUUAUGAACAAGGAUUACCUUUAAAACUUUUUUUCUGUAAAUACAGGCACAAACACAGCGCACAUACAGGGCCUGCUCUUUAAACACUGACGUGGAUGGUUUACCUUUGGACCCUGCUAAGAAAUCCACCUUUUAGAGCCACUUAUUAUGGAUGGUUUACCUUUGGACCCUGCUAAGAAAUCCACCUUUUAGAGCCACUUAUUAAUGCACUGUUGUUAUUCAGUGUACUGUUUGUGUAUUAUUGUGUUUACUAACUGGACAAAUUAAAGGUGCUCAUUGGCUGUUACAUUUGUGGCUUGUUCAAAAAAUAUCAAAUUAUACUAAUAUUUUCUCACUCUUUUCCCUCAAGCUUUCAAAAUGGACCAAACUGUGUCAGAAAGGCGAGAUGAACCACAGACAGACUUCAUCUACUGCUGUGGAGCCGUCACAGAGGUCCUUAAAUUUGGCUCCUGCCAGUUACACUCAGGACAGAAAGUGCUUUUUCUGAUCAUUCCAGGUCAGUUAACAACCAUGUACAUAACAGCUGUAAGUAACACUAGUGUAAACAUCUUUUUAACUCCUAAGUUUCUUCAUUCUUUAACUUUUCUUAAGUAUUUGUAGCUGCUAUAAAUUUGGGAAUUUCCCCUUGUGAGACGAAUAAAAGAAUAUCUUAUCUUAUCUUAUCUUAUCUUAUCUUAUCUCAAACACACUACAGUCACAGGUAAUCCAUUCUGCUUAUGUUCUGUGGUCAGUGUGGAAGAGCCCUUAGCUCAAGAUCUGGAUUGAACACCCUCAUUAUUUUAGCUGGGAUUGUGCUUUGUCUAUAUUUCUCAAGUAAAACCUACAAACCUGGUGGAUAUUUCUCGACAUAAAAUGAUUUAAUUUAAUUUGUUUCAGUCACAGCAAUAUACAAAGUCCUUCCUUGAAAUAAUAAUCAACAGUGUAACUCGUUUUAUGUUCUGACAGGAGCAGAGAGGUGAAAAAACGUGUUUGAUCUACAGUUAUUUUAGCCAGAAACCUGAUUCUGGUGGAUUUUUAAUUGAUUCAUGAAAUGAUUGGUCUAUGUUACAGAUGUCAGAACAUGACAUAAUUAUUCCAGUGAAAAUAUUGAAGUUCAUUAUUGUAGCGACUGCUUUCCUUCAACAAAAAAGGCUGCUGGGGUUUGGGUUUGCAUGCAUCUGUGACUCGCUUGAAUGAUCAGCCCGAUUUGAGUGUUAGAAAAAAUUAUUUAUUGUUAAAAAAAGGGAAAGAAAACACGCUGAUCUGGGUCCAAGUCCUUUGCCUUCAGCUGAAAAGGUGAAAUGAGGUUAAAACAGGAUGAAUGAAUGAAAAGGUGAAAAACAAUGAGAAACGGUCAAAACGCGUCAAAACACGCUCAAAACGGUCCAGAUGUUCAAAGAGCGGUCAAAUUAUCAGUGCUUACCAAACCCAUUGUCUGACUGCACCUGUGAGUUUUAAAUAACCCGCCAAACAUCACAAACCCACACCCCUCAGUGACGAUCCCGGAAGUGACAUGCCUAAAAAAAAUAGAACUUUCAAGAAAUAUAUUUUGGCUCCUACAAUUAUUCUUUAAAUUAUAACAGAACACAUAUGAAACACUUGAUAGUCACUGUUAGAUUUGAUCUGCUGUCAUCAAAGAAGAGGAUGUUGCUUUGCAGCAGGUACACUGACAAGGCUACAAACACAAUUAAGCCCUUUUUCAUAAUUUAGUAAUGCACUAUGUCGUUAAACCAGAUUAGAGGAUUAUUGAUGAGAGCUUUAUAAGGUUUCUUGGGGUGCAGCUUUGACUCAGUAGGCCGAUCCAGAGACGAUAAUAUGACACUGGUUAAAGAACAGAUUUUAGUCUAGGUAGACUUUAGUGAAUGCCCCUCCUCACUGUCUCCCUAAAAUAAUAUCUUAAAACAUUAUUAUGUUUUUAAAAAAUCCAGACAUUAAAAAAUAUAAAUCACUUUCCCUGCUUUGUUAUGCUGAUUUUUCUUCCUCACAGGUAACCCAGGUGUAGUUGGCUUUUACAGAACCUUCAUGCAAACCAUUCACAGUAUGUUUGGAUACCAGCACCCGGUGUGGGCUGUGAGCCACGCUGGACACUGUGCACCACCAGACUCCAUGGACAUGGUGGAAGGUAUAGAAACACACUGAAGUACAAAAAUACACAGAGUGAAAUCUUGAAAUUCAGCAGAGAAAGAGUUGAGCUGCAGUGUUUGAUUGUUCCAUUUUCUUUUACACAGACAGCUCUUCAGCAGCAGAGAUGGACGUGUUUGGUCUAAACGGGCAGAUUGAACACAAAUUAGAGUUUCUAAGUAAAUAUGUUCCCAAAGAAACCAGUCUGGUGCUGGUGGGACACUCCAUCGGCUGCUACAUUAUUCUGAAGAUGAUGAAAAGAGAUCCUGAACUCAAGGUCAGUCAUAAAGCUUUGAUGUUGAAGGUCAAGCAUCAAAACUCCUAAAAUUUGUGGUUGUCACUUCGUUUGCAGAGUUGGAAACCUCAAAGCUUCAUGAGGCUCCAUCUGCCCCUCAUUCCCUCAUAAAAUCGUAACCAUUUUUUUAAUGCAGGUUAUAAAGGCUGUCAUGUUGUUUCCCACCAUCGAGCGCAUGGCUCAGACUCCUCAGGGAAAGGUCAUGACCCCUGUCCUGUGUCAGAUGCGUUAUGUGGCCUACCUCCCUGUCUUCCUGCUCUCUUUGCUGCCUGAGGGACUCAAAACCAGUCUGGUUAAACUGAUAUUCAGUGGGAUCAAAUCUUUAGACCAAACUGUAGUCCAGCCUACCGUCGGGCUGCUCAGUGGAGACUGUGCAGGUCAGUAAUAUUCUUCUGAAAUCCUUAACUGGACUGUGUUAAAAAUGUUGACAGACCACUUGGCGGUAACUUCAUGUCGCAGUCGUGGAGUUUAAGUAUAGAUGAUCCAUCACAUCUCUGCCAGGAUGAACAUUUUAACGUUGUUUUGACUUUGCAGACCUGAAAUAAAGCAAGAACUUAAACUUGGUGGGUUUUUAUCGUUGCAGCGAAUGCUAUGUACAUGGGGGGGCAAGAAAUGAGGAAAGUUCUGGAAAGAGACAACAUAACCAUCAGGAACAAUCUAGAAAAGGUAAAGGUAACUUUACUGCUGGUGUGACUGCCUGAACAUCUUCAAGUUAACCCUUCAUUACAUCAAACCAUAUGAAGUAAAACAAUAUUUCUGCUUGAAUCCUCAGUUAAAAUAUGAAUCAAUGUUCUUAUUUCAGUUGAUAUUUUAUUACGGAGCCACAGAUCACUGGUGCCCCGUUCAGUAUUAUCACAACAUCAAACAGGACUUUCCACGGGGAGAUUUCAGACUGUGUGAAAACGGGUUCAGACACGCCUUCGUUCUGGAUAUGGGGAGAGAAGUCGCCAGAAUGGUCGUCGGAUGGAUCCGCGCAGAUUUAAGGACUUGAAUGUGACAAGAACUCUGCUGAAGAGUCUGAUAAAGUCUUUUUGAGGUCCACAAAAUAAAACCAGAUCAAUCAUAUGACCGUUAAUUUUUUAAACAGACCAAAAACAUGGGUACUGCUUUCCACUGAUACCUGUUUACAUUUAUUUCCCCUGUAUUAUUUUAAAAAAGUUUUAUUAUUUAUAAUAAAAAUUGAAAUAUAAUUUAUCUAAAUAGUUUUAAGAAAGUAAAAGUCUUUACAAAUAAAAGAGAAAUGUGAGAAAUGCUGUGACUAAGAAUUUAGGAAUUAAAACACUAAAUGUCCUAAAACAGUAAAAUACACAUGAACUAGUUUUCUUACCAUCUUAUUAUGUUUGUUGAAAAAUUGGUUCAAAUAAAACUUCAUCAAUUUCCAAAUGAAAGUUUGGUGGCGAUACAGAAUAAGAAACCUUGAUUCCAGUGAAGUUUGGAUGUUGUGUAAAAUGUGAAUAAAAACAGAAUAUAAUGAUUUUCAAAUCCUUCUCCACUUUAUUCAGUUGAAUAAACUAUAAAGAUAUUUAAUGCUCAAACUGAUAACUUGAUUGUUUUUUUCAUAAAUAUUCACUCAUUCUGAAUUUGAUGCUGUAAGACGUUCCUAAAAAGUUGGUUCAGGGUCAACAAAAGACUGAAAACAGACCAGUGCUUAAAAAAUAUUAGAAACAUCUAUUUGGUUUGAACAAGUUUUUAGAUUCAGCUCUGACAUGUUUUAAAUGUAUGAAUUUAUUUAUAUUAAUUAUUUGUUUUCAAGAUUGAAAUUAACAAUGAUAAUCAGAAAAACAAAAAGUCAUGACUGCAAAAACAGCUCAGGGGAGUCUUAUAGAAACAGUGCUCACCAAUGAAGUAAGCAGACAGACUCAAACUUGAGCCCUGAGACAAAUCAAUGCAAAGCUAUCAAUCACACAGUCCUCUCCUGUAGAAUCAGCUAUCUAGAUUCAUGUCUCAACAGCAUCAGCAGAGUCACAGCUACUACUCCUCUUCCUCUUUCCGCUGUCUUGAUCUCCAUCUCCUUCAUGGUACCCUCCUGUCUGUCCUGCUUCAGUUCUUUGGGGAGGAGAGGGGGUUUCGGGGAAGCUCUGCCCCGGCCCUAGCACCUGCCUGACAGUCACAUUCACUCUGGAGCUCUGGAUGUACCUGGAGCACACCCUCCAGUCCUCCUCUGACACUGUCUCCAUCACAGGGCUGUCCUGCAGGAGGGAAAUAGGGCUACAGGGAUCCAUUUUUGACGCGGUGUGUCCCUCAGGUGCUGGAAGGAUACGGGGGACAGCAUGGUAAAGGAGGCGGCUCUGUCCUGACAUUAGCAUCAUGUCCCCGCUGUGCAUGUACAUGGCUGUAGGAGGGUCCUGUCUGUGGGUCCCUCCCAGGAGGAAGAUGGCUGACUGACCGAAACUAUGAGAGGAGAGGAAAAGGAUCAUUUUUCCGCAGUAACAGCAUAAACAAGUCAAGUCUGUUUUCACUUUGAAUGUUAUUUAUGAGUGAAAUGAAACACAAAAUAAGUAUGACCCCCCUCCCAAACUUAAAUAAAUCAUGACAGUUAUAAAUAAAAUAAUAGAUCAAACCUGAAUGAGAGCAGUGGUCGGCUGUGAUCCAACUCAGAUUCGUCCACAUGAAUCCCCAGAGAUGAAUCAGAUCUGUAGAAGUUCAGGAUUCCAGCCUCGGCGAUGAACCCCGGGAACCCACAGGCUGCCGUGACUUUAGAGGACAGGGAGUGGAGAUCAGUGGGGAAAGGAGUGUGAUGGUUUUCAGAGUAAGUCUGUGAAUGACACAAGAGAAAAGAUCCGAACUUACGCGAGUAAAAUGAGUAAAGGAGAUACCGCAUGUUCUAACAGGCUGUCCAUAAAUAUAAAACAUCAUCUCAAAACUUAAGGUUCGGCAAUUAUUUAUUUACUGCAUAAGGGUAUUUCAGACAGAUGGGUCAUCAGUCACCUUUAAAACCCUAACAUUUUCUUACAAUGAUCUUAGGGCUUAAUUUAGGAAUCUAAAAUUUCAGUUAAAAAGGGGUGAAACAACUUUUUCUCAUUAUCCUGGCAUAUGAUGCCCUGAAUGAAAAUAAAAGAAAGCCAGGAAAGAAAGGUUAAAAGAAGCAUAAGACAAGGUUUAACUGCACAUAACAACCAAAAACAAAUCUGAUGUGGUGUGCCACAGGGCUCGACAUUUGAAUUGACUUACAUUUUUAUCAACUUUAAGCCAACGACUCUGUCUUUUAUACAUUUAUAUACAUAACAUGAAGUCCUAUAUGAUAAAAUUUGAUGACAAAUAGAAACCUUGACCUCAUUAUUGUAACUUUUAGUGACUGCUCUCCUUUGAAUAAGGUAAAUCCUCUUAUGAAGGCCCUGUGCCUAAAUGCAUAAGCGUUUGUUUUUGUGAUGUAAGCCAAAUAAACUGGUGAAAUGUCAA